AUGUGUUUCAUUUGUGAGAGAUUGAAAAAUUUGGAUGAAACAACUGGAAGCUCUGAAAGUCUGACAAAUCAUCCUAAGGCAAAGGAGUGGAUGCUUGCAGCGGCUCGCGCUAACUAUCAAGAACUUGCGAAACUGGCAUCGGAGCAUCCACAGUUGGUUAAAUUGCAGAUCUUAAUUAUGGGUUAA